GGAUUUUUAACUUGUAUAUACUUACGUGAUUUGAAUAACCACUAGAAGAAAUGUCCUUUGUAAGAGUUAAGAAAUCUCACCCUGCAGGGUUGCCAAGGAAACAGAAAGUACACAGAAAGAAGCCAGCAUGGGAUGACACCAUACAAGAUUUAACAGCUCUGAAGGCCACACCAGAAGAAAUUGAACAAAGAAAAGCCUCCCACAGGUCAAAAAAUGCACUGGCUGCCAGACUUGAAAAACAUAAGAAAGCAAAUGCUGCCAAACAGAACUUGAGUAUUUCCACUGCUGAGGCUCGCCAACUGGCUGUAAUGAAGGAAGUCCUAUAUGACCAGCAGCAGCUACAUGAUGUUUUAAGUAAGUCAGACAAGAUGAUGGCAGUUGUGAAGGACAUUUUUGGUGAUGAUCCAAGGAGAUUUACUGGUUUUCCUAAUGUCACCUCGGCUCCUAAUGCUGAAAACAGUGGCAGGUCAGGGACAAUUGUUGCUAACUUGCCAGAUAUAAAGACACGCAUGGAAACUUUAAGUGAAUCUAUGAUGGACCAGUCGGCUUUAAAUGAUUUCCCAGAUACAGAGAGUGAUGAGGAAGAAGAAAUGGAGCCCAUUAUGUAUCAACCUAAAAUAGAUCUAAACAGAUUCCAGAGAUUUCUGGAGGCAGAGGAGAAAAACAACACUCUUAGUACAAUAAGUGGGCAGGCCCACCUCAGCCAUAUGGACCAGGGGCCCAUUCAGAGUACCAGAAUACAGGACACACAGAGUCUACAGACCACACAAAAUGAUGAAUGCCAUACUCCUCCUAAGCAGCACAAUGAAUCCAUAGAAAUACUGAGAAGUCCAAAAUCUGCCAUGAAUGACACACAAAAGAUAAAGAAAACUAAACGAAGAGUUGAACCUGAGGCAACUCAGCAUAACUCUACAUUCAACUUAAAUGAAUUAAAAAAGGUCUUGGUGCAGCUGGAGAAUGAGAUAGGAGAUCUUGAGACCCAGACAGGCCGUCGUCCUCGAGCAGAACAGCCUCGACAGGAUACUUUUUCAGGUUACACAAUGUCUCUUGUGGACUCUGUAACGAAGCUCAGCAGGUAUCUCAAAGAGUCUGAGAUGAGGUUGAAAGCUGAGGCUCUGCUGAGAGAACAGCUGAUGCAGGAUGUGAAGCAAUUGACAUCCCUUAUAGACGCCCUUACCUCAGACAUUAUUCAUACACAAGAAGAAUUCAACACAAUGAGAACAGAGUACAGCAAAUACAGACAGGAGACCAGUCAAGAAAUAAGGGCUCUAAAGGUUUCCUUGGUUAAUGCUGGACUGUAUAUAGAACCAGAGCUACAAGUGAACAGAACACCACCAACCAGUCAGUCAACACACAGCACAGUAUCAUCAGGUAUGCCAGUCCCAAACAUUUCAGAAAACAGUCAGCCUUCCAUACCAGCUAUACCUCAGCAUUUAAACCCAGCAAACUUAGCAAACCCAUCAGCUGUAUUGUUAUCCCCUCCAGUCAGGAAAACACGAGUACAGCAACCGCAACAGCAGACAGGACCUCUUCCAAUGAUGGAUCUAGGUCAACAUUUUGAGGAACCUGUACAACCUACACAGCCCCAGCAUAAUGGCAGCCUACAACAGCACGGGAACCUGGAUAUUUCAGACCUGGCGCACCCUGAUGUAUUUCAUGAACCUACAAUGGUCAGUAAAACUAUACAAGAAGUCAGGGUAUCCUCAGGCAGAGAGGAGCACAGACAUCCCAUACAGUCUAAUGUAAGCAUUCCACAAGAUCCCCGGGGCUCAGUUACUCAGGGUGCCACUUCACAGGACAAUGGGUCCUCCUCUGGAUCCUCUCAGACUGCGAACCAGGCAGCACAUGUUAGUGUACCCAGACCCACCCCACUGGUGCAGAGCACUGUGCCACCCCAGCAAAAUGGACAAGUAGACCUUACUUCACAGAUAGCACAGUUAAACAAGCAGCACGAGGAAGCACAAAAACGUCUACAUGCUUUGCUGCAGCAGCAACAAAUGCAACACAAGCAGCGAGAGAUGGCACCACAACUUGGACCAUACAAGUUAGCUGUAUCAGCUUCAUCUCAUCCUCCACCUCUACAAAUAAGUAAAAACUCUGCUCCAAGUGGUGGAAUGCCUCAUACACAGCAGGUUCCCAAAAGAUUUACACAGCAACAACAGAUGCCUGCCAGAGUUAGUGAACCAGAAAAUGAAAAAACUCAGCCACCAUCUAACAAGAGAGGUUUGCCUGCCUAUCCAGUGUCUCCCCCAAUAUCUCCUAUAUCUGAAAGAUCUGAUAAUUUCGCCACAAUCCAAGGCAUGAACCAGAAUGCCAGAGUAAACACAGCACCUCCCUAUGGAAUUACUGUAUCCUUGCCGACGGUGGAUCUGUCACUAGAGAGCAGUCCAUCACCACGGUGAUAGGCCUAGUGCUCGGAUUAUUUUUUAUUAGGUUGCAACACUGAACAUGCAACAAGAUAUCUGACUGCACUAAUCACAGUUUUAUGUGAUACAUGUGAAUAACUAUUUAUAUUUAAACAA